AUGGAUUUGCAACACCCAGUCCCCAAAAUAGAGCCCGAGUCCAGCACGAAUGACAAGCUCACUAAAUCCAAUACCCACCACAUUCCAACAGACAAUGUUCCGAGCACAACUGGAUCCAUGUUGCGCCUCACAUUAUGGGUCUCGUUUGCCGCAUGGAUCUCGAACUUUGACAAUGGCUACGCCGGCACGGUCUUAAUCAUGCCUUCUUACAAACGCUCAUUUGGAAGCUGCGAGCAAGUCCUAGACCCGAACACGUAUGACAACAUACAGCAUUGCUCGUUGACGCCACUGCAACAAUCCCUCAUCAGCCUCAACUUCCUGUUCGUUGCCAUCGGAGGCGGGAUUUCAGGCGUGGCCGGUCAAUACGUCGGACGCAGGGGGUCAAUCCAAGCUGGAUGCGCAUUGGCUAUCAUUGGUGCUGCUGGGAUGCUUGGCACCAGCGGAAGCUUCCUUCGCUACAUGGUGUGCAGAUCGAUCAGUGGCGUGGGAAUUGGACAACUGAUGGCAGCCAGUCUCACUUAUGGGUCUGAAUGCAUCAUCGCUAGCAAGCGCGGUCUGUCUCUAGGGUUGUAUAAUGUUGGACUCGCUAGUGGAAAUGUUGCUGCUUUUGCCGUAUGUGCGGGUUCUGCUCGUCUGGAGUCAACCAACAACUGGCAGUGGAAGACACCCAUUCUGUGCCAAAUACCCUUGGGAAUUAUUCUCGGUGCUGGAAUCUUGAUGCUUCCUGAGUCACCGCGCUGGCUGAUGGGACAUGGCCGAGAGGAAGAGGCGCGGAACUCGUUCGGCGUGCUAUACUGCCAAAGUCCAUAUUCGUCGGAAAUCACCGCGCAGAUUGAUGAUAUCAGGACCAACCUUGCGAAUGAGCGCGCAGGCCUCAAAUCUGUCUCCUGGUUUGAUAUUUAUCGCAGGAAACAUAUCGGUCGCACCUUGAUAUCUGCCAUGAUCAUGGUUGGAGUCGCCAUUACUGGUAUCCAAUUUGUACAACCGUACGCCACACUGUUUCUCAAAGGAGUUGGAAUCAGUGACCCAUACUUAAUCAAUGUCAUCAUUGGAUUGUGCAUCCUAGGAGGAUCCCUUUUUGGUCCCUUCAUUGUGGAAUACGGCGGAAGAAGAGUUGCAAUGCUUUCGGGCUACAUUAUUAUGGGUGUCUGUAUGCUCACACUUUCCUCUGUGAGCACCGCUCUUGAAAUGAAUGAAAGUGCCGAGAUAGUGAUAGUUGUUCUUCUGUGCUUCUGGGCUUUUGUCUUUGGUGGGACUAUUGCUGCAAGUGUUAACCUAUCUGCUGUAGAGGUGCACAGUGUCUCACUUCGGACCUUUGGACAAGCCAACACAACAGUAUUCUACGGUAUAUUUGCCUUUGCUGCAACAUUUUGGACACCUUACAUGUUGAACGCGGAUUAUGGGAAUAUGGGUCCCAAUGUGGGCUAUUUCUAUGCAGGCGUGACCGCCGUCAUAGGGAUUUUAACCUUCUUCCUCGUGCCAGAGACUGCCGGAAUUACCCUGGAGCAGAUUGAUGAGGGUUUCAACUCAGGAAUAAAGGCAUGGAAAACGUCAUUGGCAAAAAAUAAAGCCAUUGCUUCCAUUCACAAACAGAACAUGGCGAAUGGAAACGUUGGGGCUUAA